CCAAUGGGGAGACGCCAGGUCUUUUUGAAUGGAGAAAAGCGGGCUGGGAAACAGUCGCGAGGGAAACAAAGAAAGAGCAAACAUCUCGCUGUCGCUUGAAGUGGAUAACUUAACGAAAACAAUAUAUUUCCGAGAAUUUUAACUAGACGCUUUCAUACGACCUUCGCCAUGUCUCACAAACAGAUUUACUACUCUGACAAAUAUGAUGACGACAAAUACGAGUACAGGCACGUAAUGCUGCCGAAAGACAUCGCAAAACGUGUACCAAAAACUCACUUGAUGUCCGAAACCGAGUGGAGGAACCUGGGGGUCCAACAGAGCCAAGGAUGGGUACAUUACAUGAUCCAUCAACCAGAACCCCAUAUCUUGCUGUUCCGGCGCCCUCUUCCUAACCCAAAAUAAGUUGCCAUCCUACGAAGAUCAGCCCUUAUGUGCCUCUGAUCAACAGUUCCCAUCAUGUUGUCCAACCAAGCUCCCAUUGGAUUAGCUUUUUGGGCUGAUGAUGCUAGAGAUGGACUAUCAUUUAUGAACAAUGGAUGUGGAGUGAACUUGUUGGAAGGGAAAAGUGGGGAAAAAAGAUCAUCCUUCAUGUAACGGAAGGAAUCUGCAACAACAUGCCGUCUGACACAUUCAAGCAUUUUGUUUUGACUCUUUGAACCAGCUUCAACUACUCUGAACCUGCUUGGAUCAUCAUUUUUGUUAAUAUGAUUACUAUUGUUUGGUGAGCAAAGCUUUAACAUAUGUAACAUUAUGAAGCCAGACAUGACUAUGGCUUUCUAGAUUAGUUUACUUCAAUGUUGAUCUUUUUAGUUGGCAUGUUGCUGCUCGGGUGAAUGAGACUGUAAAUUUACAUUUAACAUAAAUAGCAUCAGUCCCUUUUUUUUUAAACAGGGUUUGAGUUCUCUUUUCGAUCCGAUUUAGAUAAAUUCCCUUCACUUGGUCUGAAUGUACCAAUGAGCUGCUCAGUAUUUAUGAAUUGUUGCCCUUAAAUAAAUGUAAACUUUAAAAUCUA